GUCGUCUGGUGGGGAUGAAUUGUGCAUCAACGCAGAGGGCAGCGGCGCAUGGAACGGUGGAUCACACAAGGAACAGGAAGGCACCAUACGCACCAAACUCAAGAAGUACACCUCCAAAUCAUCGUUCACGAGCUCAAGUAGCGCGGAUAAGCACAGAGAGAAGACUGUAUCCUCCUUCGAUAACUUUGGGUGUUUGGUGUUGAAUGAAUGGUGCUCGGAUAAGGUUCUGGCCAGCAUGUCACCGGUGACCAACUACCGUGCGCGCAAGGAGCCGAUACAGUUUGUGUUCAUGGUUAGAGACAGUCGCGAACGCGUCGUGCGGCUGCAGGCGCAGUUUCUGCAGGAUACAGUGAAGGAUAUACAGAACACCUUGGUAACACACAUGGUGAAGCCAUCCCUACCCCUUGGGCCAAGCAAAGGCAGCACCAAUCACCACACCCAGGACGCCAACAAGACCUCCGCCAAUGCAGCGUCCGGGGAUGGGGCUGACGGAAAGGUUGACACCAAGCAAUCCGGCUCAAACUCCUCACUCCGACAAACGCUGCAAGUGGACUCGAGGGGAGAGAUGCGUCGCUACUCAACCUCCGAGAUGGCCAUAGCCAAUAUAGGGGCGGGGCAAUCGUCUGAGGGCAAUAAGUAUGUGGUGCCCGAGAACGUCGACAGUUUGCAGCAAGACGAGGUGUGUCCGUGGGACGAUGUCCAGCCGCUGAAGGCUCAGACGUCCGCAACCACCGCCAGCCACUCGGUAGUCACACGCACCAACAGCCGAUCACUGUCUACCGCGGGCAAGAAGCUGAGCAAGACGUUGAGUACGGGUAGUGGCACGAGUGGGAACGAACAAAUGCGUCGAGGUGAUGGGAAGGCCCACAGCAACAACAAGGUGGAAAUGUCUGUGGUGUUGGCUGCAGGGCCGAACCGCGGCAGCCCUAAGAUUGAUAUGCCUUUACUAUUCACGGCAGGUCCUUCGAAGGGACAUAACCUUAAGAAGAGUGGGUCGAGCAAAUCGAGGAAUAAGAACAACAGUAGCAGCACAAGCAUCGGUGACCUUAGUAGUGCAGAUGGCAAGCACAAGGACAAGAAGGAUGGGAGCAAGAAGGGCCUCAGUUAUGUAGCUAAGAAGCGGAGGGGUUCUUUGGGGAUUGGUAGCCUGAGUUCAAAUCGAGUCGAACACUCUUGAUAGAUAUGUGUUAGAAUAUGUAUGUACAUAGGUGAUUAAGUUUAGCUUGCAAUACAC